AGUGAUCAUCCGUUCGUCAAGCAUUUAAGAAGUCAAAAUGGGAUUGUGUCAAAAUAAAAUUGUCCAAAUUCUCAUCGCAUGUUUAAUUUCAUUAAUUGGAGGAUGGAUUGUUUCUAUGACAACGAUGGGCGAAAAAGAACCAUGGUAUUCCACGAUUGUAAAAAGACCAUCAUGGAAUCCGCCUGACUGGAUUUUUGCACCAAUGUGGUCAUUUUUGUAUAUCUGUAUGGGAUAUGCCAGCUUCAGAGUUUAUGAUGAGGGAGAUGGAUUCUCAGGAAGAGCUAGAAAUCCGAUAAUAUUGUACAUUAUUCAUCUUAUCAUUAAUUUAAGUUGGACGCCCGUAUUUUUCUACUAUCACUUAAUUGGAGCAGCUACAAUACAUAUUAUCAUUUUAUGGGUUAUUAUUAUAAUCAAUGGACUUCUCUUCUAUAGAAUUGAUAAAGUCGCUGGAAUUUUAUUUAUUCCUUAUGCUGCCUGGGUAACCUUUGCCUCAUAUCUGUGCUUCACAAUUUGGAGAUUAAACUCAUAAACAUUUUUUUUUGAUGUAUUUUUUGUGCCUAAUUCAAGAGUUUUUAAAUAAAGAAUUUUAUACCUAA